AUGUUUGUUGAUGUCAUCCCGAUUUCGUUCAACCUCAAAAUAGGUAUCUUAAACAACUUCCAACUGGAUAAGUCAGUGUUCAUGAAGGAUGGUCUGACAUUCCAGAACGCUCGACAAAAGUGCAUGCUGAUGAAUGGUGACAUCAUGUCACUUGUUGAUGAUGCCAGAACAGCCGCAAUGUUGAAAGCUGCAAGUGCAAGCGUGCAAAAAGUUUGGGUGGGAUUGUUCAGGAUGAAGACUGGACAGACCUACCAGUGGACUGAGGAACUGAUGAAACUUUCUUAUGCUGCCAAACAGAUAGAAAUAAAAGAUAUAAUGGAUAAAGAAGAAAGACUGAAAAAAGACAUAGUAUAUUAA